AUGCGAAAAAGAAGGAAUUCUAUUGAAAGUAUUGUGAUUGACAACGCUAAAAUUAAUGAUCCCUCGUCCAUAAAAUCUGAAGCAGUAAACUUCUUCCGUAAAAUAUUUCAUGAAGAUCAUCACCAAAGGACAACCUUUAGCAACCUUGAUUUUAAAACCUUGACCUCGGAGCAGGCUGUCAAAUUCACUGUCGAAUUCUCUAUUGAUGAAAUUGAUCAAGCGGUUGCAUCUUGUGACAAUUUCAAGGCCCCGGGGCCGGAUGGCUUCAAUUUUAAGUUCAUAAAAAGCUCCUGGGAGGUAAUCAAAUAUGAUCUUUAUGCUUUGAUUAAUGAAUUUUGGGAAUCUUCCAGGUUACCUCGUGGCAGUAACUCGGCAUUUGUCGUUCUUAAUCAGAAAAUUGACAACCCUAGUGGCUUCAAGGACUUCCGUCACAUAAGUGUGAUGGGAAGCAUUUAUGAAAUCAUUGCCAAAUUACUUACUAGAUGCCUUCAAUGUGUCAUGGAGUCUCUUAUUGUCCCACAGUAG